AUGUUAAAACUUAACACAGCACAGGACACACAGAACAGCAUGGUACAACUCAGUCAACACAGCACAACACACAGAACAGCAUGGUACAACUCAACACAGCAAAACACAUACAGAACAGCAUGGUACAACUCAGUCAACACAGCACAGCACACACAGCACAGCAUGGUACAACUUAACACAGCACAGCACACACAGAACAGCAUGGUACAACUCAGUAAACACAGCACAACACACACAGAACAGCAUGGUACAACUCAGUCAACACAGCACAACAGAACACAACAGCAUGGUACAACUCAACACAGCACAACACACAGAACAGCAUGGUACAACUCAGUCAACACAGCACAACACACAGAACAGCAUGGUACAACUCAGUCAACACAGCACAACACACAGAACAGCAUGGUACAACUCAGUCAACACAACACAACACACAGAACAGCAUGGUACAACUCAACACAGCACAACACACAGAACAGCAUGGUACACAACAACACACACAGAACAGCAUGGUACAACUCAGUCAACACAACACAACACACAGAACAGCAUGGUACAACUCAACACAGCACAACACACAGAACAGCAUGGUACAACUCAGUCAACACAACACAACACACAGAACAGCAUGGUACAACUCAGUCAACACAGCACAACACACAGCACAGCAUGGUACAACUCAGUCAACACAACACACAGAACAGCAUGGUACAACUCAGUCAACACAGCACAACACACAGCACAGCAUGGUACAACUCAGUCAACACAGCACAACACACAGCACAGCAUGGUACAACUCAGUCAACACAACACAACACACAGAACAGCAUGGUACAACUCAACACAGCACAACACACACAGAACAGCAUGGUACAACUCAGUCAACACAACACAACACACAGCACAGCAUGGUACAACUCAGUCAACACAGCACAACACACAGCACAGCAUGGUACAACUCAGUCAACACAGCACAACACACAGCACAGCAUGGUACAACUCAGUCAACACAGCCAAGUUCAGUCGAUUUUAAUUUGA